AUGAUCUCAGCAGCCCAGUGUUUUGCUCUACUGGCCGUGUUUUUCUCAGUGGCGCUUGCCUCUGUGCCUGCCAUUGAAAGAAACGAAAUCCAACAUGUAGCUAAAGCGGAACCCUGGCGAGUCACUACGCCGGAAUCAGACCGCGUGGAUAAGCACGUACAGCUCUGCUCCGACGAGAAUCGAGGCACACAGUGGCGGCGUGGAUGGGCCGAUCCUGCGGAACACGGGGGAUCCAUGCUCGAUUUGGUUGGAAAUGGGUUUCGAGAACCCAUAAACGUGAUCAUAUCAGGCGCAUCUGACCAGAGUCUCAUGAGUGAUCAAGGACUAUUGGAUUAUUCCAGGUCAAUUGGGUUCUCCUUCGAGUGCCUGCAUCUUCAUGCUGGAGGAUUACAGCAUGCCAAUCUCGGAGACGGCCAGGGGUAUGUGCCGCAAUUGUACGAAUACCGAAGUAUCUUUUCGCCAAGAUCGCCAGGUGCUUGGAUCGGCGCGUGCUGGGAAAGCCUAGCGGGUGGCAAUCAUUUCCGGGCUUGGCGCCAGAACGGCUCUUUAGCAAACACGGGCGCGUGGUUCUUGGCCGUGUCGAAGGAGGAAGAUGUAACCAAGAGCCACACGAUUUCAACCAAUGGCUAUGAUGUGGGUCGCGAUCUGCUGGUUCAUGCUGCAACGAAAGGAGGCAGGUUUCUCGGUCAGUCGUGGAAAGCUACAGUCGAAUGGAAAGAGGGACUGCUACGUCCAGGAAAGCAAGGGAUUAACCAUAACAUUUCUAUCGAUGGUCGCGUGGCCAUUCUUACUGUUCACAAAUCCAGGCUCUAG